CGAUCGCAGUUACGAUCGAGUCACGAGGAAGCACUUUGACCUAAAUUGAUCGAGAUAUAAUGGACAGCGUGAAAGGACGACAUAUCUCGCCGUUAUCAUUAUUAAUGGCAGACGCGUUAAAAUCGAGGAUAUACGAGCGAUGUUUUAUGCUAAGUACUCGAUCGUCAGCCAAAUCACGAAACGCGGUACCUAUUAAACGGAGUGGCCGACUGUGUUCGGCCGAUGUUCGCCCAUCGAACGGAACAAUGACGACCGCGGUCCGAUUUCGUAAACAUGAGUGCUUUAAAAAGCCCACCCGUGAGUUCGCCGAUCGUCAGUUGCAUUUCUCAAUUCACGAUGAAAAUGUCCCACCCGUGUCAUUAUUCGCAACAUAAUAAACUACGGUUGACGCAGAUAUAUCGAUGGCUUUUCUUUGUCUAUACAAUAUUUCCGGGAAGUUUUCUAGCGAACAGACUCGAGUCUCAAGACGCGGUUCUCGUUAAUUUUCAUCGCAGAUAUAACGUCUCUAAAGUGGUAGUUCACAACGGCGGUUAUUUACCUCCGGUUUCAACUCCAGAUUUUUCUCUACCGGAAGUGAUCGAUAACAGAGCACGAAACGUAGCGACGGACGAAACUAGACCAUAUUCCGACGUGUUGUAUCAUCCCCUCGAACGGGAUUCUUUGCGAGUUUUCACGCGCAAAGGUCCGCAAGACGCGAGAUAUUCGAUGAGUGGCGAGUGGCAAUUGGCAACCCCCCGUCGACCUGUCUUUCUCUAUGGUAAACAAAAGUCCGCGCCGCAUCCUUCCUUUCUCAACGAAAUAUCGGCGUCGUCCUUUGUAAGUGAUAUCAGUAUCGAAGAGAUGUCUUGUCAGAACGUAGGCAACGAACUGUUCUUCAGAGCGUCUAUCAAAGCACCGAGAACCUUGGCGCCACCGGUGAUAGAUAACGCGAUGGAUAAAACCUGUCAAGUGUUAAUGAUCAGGGACUCUUAUCAUAUUAAGUUUGAAAAUAAUCAGAUGUGGAAUUGCGGAGUCGUCGAUUGUUCCGAAAACGGCAACCAAUCGUACUGUCUCGAUCUACGAUUUCCCGUGAUCGCCGGUCUACGAUUAAGGGACGAUCACCGAGUGACGUUGCGUUGUAAGACACAAGACAAGAUCGCGCAUCACACUAAGCGGAUCAGCGUGAAAACUUUGGAAGCGAAAGGGAGAAACGCUCCGAGUAUGCUAUACGGCGGUUUCGAGAACGCUCUGGAUGUGGACAUCGGAUUGUUCAGAAAGAGUCACGGCUCGGAAAACAUCUUCGACGCGAGGAUCCAUACGGGCGGCACGGUGGUCCUUGGCGAGGAAAUUUUGCUGCGCGUGUUAGUGAACGGUGACGACGGUUGGCGAUACUCGAAGAUCGGUCAAGUAACGGUGCACCACAUGGAGGAGAGACAGGAACGGAAAAUCCUCAACAGUCUGUGGAUUCUCGACAAGGACGGCUGUUUAAAUUCGGACGUGCGCGAGAUCUGUCCUCGAGAGCAGUACAGAGCGUCACCGUUGGAGAGCUACUUGAUCUUUCAAGCGUUUAUGUUUGAGGGUACGAAGGAGACAGACGAGAUCUCCCUUACUGUGAAGGCUACGGCGUGUUUAGAACCGGCGGACUGUAUUCUGGAUUGUCCCGUCGGUCACGUUAGACACGCCAGAAGCGUCUCGGAUCAAAACAGCACCGUUGAAUGGCAGAACGACAUAAUUCUGCGAGUGGUUCCUUCGGGACACGAGUUACGCGGCACGCAAAAUUAUUAUCUAGCGAUUGUGCUGUCGCUGAUUGUAUUGCUUGUGUUAAUUGCAUCGCUUUGGUUUAUUAAUAGCUUGCUUCAUCAAAAAUCGAAUAAGAUCCUAAAGAGUUUCAGAGCUUAAUUUACUUUUGCAUUU